GACAUAUACAUGUACGGAACGCGUAUACCAAUCAAAUGCAAGUAAAUUUCCAAAAAGUUCAGCUUAAAAAGAAAACGAAAUUACAUUAGACGAUUAGACUUGUGCGUCUGAAUAACUGGUGAUCAAACCAAAGUUUCCACAGCGAAACGUUGAAAACAAAUGUUUCGUCACUAAGGUGUCUACGAUAAAUGAUUUUCUGAAAUCAAAGUGCACGGAAUUGGAAUUGUGUGUGAAUUGAAAGCCGCUUUUGCAGUGUUUUUCUUCCCAAUUAUUACUUAAAAAUGUCUAAAAAUAAACAAAUCAUACUUCGCGUUCAAAGCUCGGAAGGAACGAAACGUAUUGAAAUCCUUCCAUCUGCAACGAUUCGAGAGCUGUACGAUUCAAUUCGUGACGCAUUUGAUAUGGAUUCUUAUAAUUUUGCCGUGUAUGGCGAACGAAAUUAUAAAAAUGAACUCGCAUCGAGCCGAUCACAGACCCUUGAUGAUUACAAACUUAAGCAUGGCGAUAUGGUUUACAUAAAAACUAUCGAGGCUGGUACAUCAUCGGUGGUGGAGGCAUUUGGGCCACAGCCCAGCACAAGCAGCUCAAGCAGUUCAAUUUCAUCGUUUGCGUCUUCAUUCAAACCAUCUAAAUCGACGCCGCCAAGCAAAACCGAAGUGCAAGAAGAUGAAGUUGAUACAAUAUUGGCAAAAACUGAUGGCCGUUUGCAACGCAAACGUGAUCCAAAACUGUGUCGUCACAAUUCAAAUGGAUGUUGUGUUCAUUGCUCACCGCUAGAACCAUGGGAUGAAGAGUUUCUAAAGGAGCAAAAAAUAAAACAUUUGUCUUUUCAUUCGUAUAUUCGAAAAUUGACGUCGGGCGUCGAUCGUGGUAAAUUCGUGGCGCUUGAAGAUUUGGUGUGUAGCAUCAAAAGUGGUUGCCGUGAUCAUCCGCCAUGGCCGAAGGGUAUUUGUUCAAAAUGCCAACCAUCGGCUAUAACGUUGAAUCGCCAAAUCUAUCGGCACGUGGAUAAUGUUAUGUUUGAGAAUACUGCGCUGGUUGAACGUUUUCUGAACUAUUGGCGAACAACUGGACAUCAACGUAUGGGCUUUCUUUACGGUAGCUAUGAAGUAAACAAUGACGUUCCGCUUGGCAUUCGUGCUCGUGUUGCUGCUAUUUAUGAGCCACCACAAGACAGUACACGGAACUCAAUUAAACUAUUGCCGGACGAACGAGCCGAAGAGAUUGACGAACUGGCAACAAAGCUGGGACUUCGCAAAGUCGGUUGGAUUUUCACCGAUUUGAUCAGCGAUAAUGCUGCUCUGGGGACUGUCAAACAUAUCCGGGGUAUUGAGACACAUUUUCUAACUGCUCAAGAGUGUAUAAUGGCAGGGCAAUUACAAAAUCAACAUCCGAACGUAUGUAAAUAUUCCUCAAAUGGUUCAUUUGGCUCAAAAUUCGUUACCGUGUGUGUAACAGGAGAUUCAUCGAAGCAGGUUCAUAUGGAAGGUUAUGCAGUGUCUGGUCAAUGCAUGGCAUUGGUUCGCGAUAAUUGUUUAGUUCCAACAAAAGACGCACCCGAAUUGGGUUACAUACGUGAAUCGAGCGAUAAACAAUACGUUCCCGAUGUUUAUUAUAAGGUGAAGGAUCAAUAUGGCAAUGAAGUAUCUCGCAUGGCACGACCAUUACCAGUCGAGUAUUUGUUAGUUGAUGUACCUGCGUCAACGCCUCUCACACCGAUAUACACAUUCACUGCACGCGAUACGAAGGAUAUGUUCCCAGUGGAAAAUCGUUACAUCGACGGUCAACUACAAGAUUUCAAUGCGCUGAGUGCAUACAUCUCAAAAUGGGAACCAAACGAAUUUCUUGAGGCAAUCUCCGAUUUUCAUCUGUUACUCUAUUUAUACUUCAUGGACAUGCUACCCAUGAAAUCGGCCAUGGGCCCAUUGUUGGAAGCGGUACGCAACAAAAACUAUGCAGCCGCCGUGCAAUGGAAGGAACAAGAAGUAUGGAGUACACUCGAAACAUUAAUCACAGCAUCAAGCUCUGCCAGCGGUGGCAUGGAACAUUAUCCAGAUACAAACUCAGUACCAACAGCAGCCGAUUGGACCUGCAACCAUUGUACGUUCAUAAACCGUGGCGAACUCAGCAGUUGCGAAAUUUGCAAUUUGCCCAGAAAUUAAUACCAAUCCUACGGCUGUGAGAAAACUAUGAUUUACUAUAUUUUUUAUUGGUUUCUUAUUGCAGUAAAUCGUUUGAAUGAAAACAAAAAUGAAGCAAACAUUUCUUCUUUUGUAAAUCAAUACAUAUUAUUAUUAUGAACUGAACACUCUCACCACAACAGACAUAAAGUAAUUUGAAUUAAAUUAUGCUCAGGAGGCAAUUUAAAAUAAAUAAAUUUAUUACAAUAAAAGCUAUUUGAAAAUCACA